AUGGUGAGAAAGGCAGUUUAUUUCUAUGGCAUUGCGCCAUGUACCGGAGGAUUAGCCUUUGGAUAUGACACGGGCUCAAUGAGCGGCAUCUUGGCCAUGCCGCAGUUCUUGACAUACUUUAAAAAUCCAAGCAAUUUCCGUCAAGGAGGAAUCACCGCGUCAAUUCUAGCAGGGGCUUUUGCUGGGUCUCUGUUGACGGGUGCGUUCCUUGCGGAUAGGCUGGGAAGAAAGAGGACGAUUUUGUUGGGCUCAGCAAUCUUUACGGUUGGCUGUGCUAUUUCGGCGGCGGCGAAUAACAUUGAGGCUCUUGUUGCGGGGAGAGUCAUCAAUGGGCUAGGAAAUGGGUGCUUGACGAUGAUGGUGACAAUGUACCAAAGUGAGAUUGCGCCGCGAGAGAUUCGUGGCCGUAUCAUCAGCGUGUUCCAGUGUUUUGUCAAUUUCGGUAUUCUCAUUGCUUUUUGGAUUCAAUUCGGAACAAGCCAUAUCAAUGGCUCCGCGGCAUGGAGACUUCCAAUGGGCUUACAAAUGAUUGCUACUGUCGCUCUUCACGUCACCAUGUGGUUCAUGCCUGAAUCGCCCAGAUGGCUCGUCCAGAAAGACAGACAAGAAGAAGCCCUGCAGGUGCUUGCCCAAGUCCACGCCGGUGGCGACAUCAACGAUCCCUAUGUGCAAGCAGAACUCGCAGAGAUUGUGGCCAAGCUUUCGUUUGAGAAGAAUCACCCACCGCCCAGCUACUUUGACUUGCUGCUUGGAUCGCAAAGGCGCCGCAUGUGGAUUGGUAUUGGUGUCCAAUUUUGGCAAUCAAUGACCGGCAUCAAUGUCAUCAUGUACUAUGCCGUAUUCCUCUUCCAACAAGCCGGUCUCGGAGCAACUUCUUCAUCUCUCCUAGCAAACGGUCUUCAAGGCGUCGUCCUAAACGUCUUCACAUACCCAAACAUGUACUACAUGGACAAAUGGGGUCGAAGAUGGCCCAUGGUCAUCGGCGGCGUUGGAAUGGGCAUUUCGAUGAUGAUUAUCGGUGUCCUUAUGAAAGCUUACGGUGAUCCCGUCUUCGAUUCGCUUACCCAAAAGACCAACUUUGACUUUACGAAUGCCGCGGCAUCGCGAACGAUUAUCGCUUUUGUUUACAUAUAUGUUGCUUGGUUUGCAAUUACUUGGGCGUGCGUCGCUUGGGUGUAUCCGCCCGAGAUUUUCAGCAUGAGCAUGCGUGGUCGAGCCACGUCCAUGACGACUGCGACGAACUGGUUCAUCAACUUUUGGUUUGCCUUGUAUAUCCCCACCGCAAUGGCAAAGAUCAGCUGGAAACUAUACAUGAUAUUCAUGGCCCUGUGCUAUCUCAUGUCCGUCGUCGUAUACCUAUUCUAUCCCGAGUCGGCCGGCAAAACACUUGAAGAGAUGGACUUUUUGUUUUCCAAGGGGCGAUCGCCAUGGACGUUCCUUGAUCGCGAAGCUACCAGGAUUGGGGCGCUGUUCCAGCGAGAUUUGGAGCAUGGCGAGGCGCUCACUGUGUUUGAUGAGGAUGGUAUGGUUUUAAAGGAUAAGGUGAGGCAGGUGGAGGAUGUGGUUGAUACGAAUGUUCACGGUGAGGAAAAGUAG